AUGGGAGAGCCCGAGGGAGCGAUCGGGAAACCCAGCCUAGAAUUAGAAGAUGCGCAGAUGCUGCCGGCAGGGAGAGCAUCUUCCCUGGACCGGAAGAUGCAGCGGAAGCCUGAGCAGGGAAGUGAGCACCCCCACAUCAGAGCCACCAGCCCAGACGUCAGCAGGCUGGUGGCUGAGAGCACUGUCUACACGCUGAGUGCAGAAAGGAGGACAAAGCGAACGGACGAGAUGCUACGCCCGGAACACCCUCGAAGCCACGCGAGGGACGGAGAAGGCAGGACGAAGCAUCGUUUUGCUAGGUUCUCUUUCAGGAGCUGGCUGGCCGUGACCCUCGGCGUCAUCCUGGGCUGGCAGCCUUCGGCGGGGAGCGAUUUAUCGGGCUCGCGCCCCAACAUCGUCCUGAUGCUGGCGGAUGACCUGGGCAUCGGGGACAUCGGCUGCUAUGGGAACGGCACCCUAAGGACGCCGAACAUCGACCGCCUCGCCGCGGAGGGCGUGAGGCUCACGCAGCACAUCGCCGCGGCCUCGGUGUGCACCCCAAGCCGAGCGGCGUUCCUCACGGGCCGCUACCCUGUGCGAUCAGGUAUGGUUUCCAGCGACGGCCAUCGCGUGCUGCAGUGGGCUGCGGUGUCGGGCGGUCUGCCCACCAACGAGACAACUUUCGCGAAAAUACUGAAAGAUCACGGCUACGCCACGGGACUGAUAGGGAAGUGGCAUCUGGGCCUGAGCUGUGAGCAUCGUGACGACCACUGCCACCACCCGCUCCGGCACGGGUUUGACCACUUCUACGGCCUGCCGCUGUCCAUGAUGGGGGACUGCGUGCCCGGGGGGCUGUCGGAGAAGCGCGCGGGGCUGCAGCGCCGCCUCGAGUUCUACGCCCUCAUGGCCGCCCUCGCCGCCCUGACGCUGGCCGCGGGCGCAGCGUCCCACCUGCUGCCUGGGUCCUGGGUGCUGGCCGUUGGGGCCGCCCUGGCGGCCGCCUUGCUGUCCGCGGCCUCGUACUUCCUGGGCGCACUGAUCGUGCACGCGGACUGCUUCCUGAUGCGCAACCACGAAGUCACCCAACAGCCCAUGCACUUCCCCCGGACGACGGCCCUCGUCCUGCAGGAGGCGUCGGCCUUCAUCAGGCGAAACAGGGAAGGACCUUUCCUCCUCGUCCUGUCUUUCCUGCACGUGCACACACCUCUCCUCUCCACCGAGAAGUUCCUCGGGAGGAGCCACCACGGCCCGUACGGGGACUGCGUGGAGGAGAUGGACUGGAUGGUGGGGCAAAUCCUCCACACGCUGGACACGGAAGGCCUGACGCACGACACCCUUGUUUAUUUCACGUCGGAUCACGGGGGAUCCCUCGAGGCUCAGCUCGGACGUGAGCAGCACGGAGGCUGGAACGGAAUCUACAAAGGUAGCAAAGGCAUGGGCGGCUGGGAAGGCGGCAUCCGAGUCCCGGGCAUCGUGCGCUGGCCCGGGGUGCUGCCGGCCGGCCGGGUCAUCCACGAGCCCACCAGCCUGAUGGACAUUUUCCCCACCGUAGUGGAGCUGGCGGGCGGCCAGGUGCCACAGGACAGGGUGAUCGACGGCCGGGGACUACUGCCCUUGCUGCUGGGGACAGUGCCACACUCGGACCACGAGUUCCUGUUGCACUACUGUGAGACGUCUCUGCACGCAGCCCGCUGGCACCAGAGGCACAGGGCCGUGGAGCAGCAUCGCCGCACGCUGCGCCCCGGGCCGCUGCAGCUGGACGCGCGCCACAACACCUGGCGGCCGUGGCUGCAGCCCUGCUGCGGCCGCUUCCCCCUCUGCUGGUGCGACCGGGAAGGCGAAGGCCAGUAACCGCCCGCCAGGGGACGCGGGCUGCCCCGGGGCUCGAUGUG